AUCGCCAUGACAACCCGCCAACUGUAAUGCAACCGCCUUGCCCGCCAGCUGCAAUUUGAGCAAAAAGCCCCCCGCGACGGGUUGGAGGGCGGAGAGACCAAGCAGAAAAUAUAUACAUAUAUUUUAAAUUUUGCAUUUUGUUUUAUUUGCUAAUCAGACCUCGUUGCAUGCUGCAGGACCACCCAUGGAAACGUCUUUCGUGGAAGAGGUGGCUGCAUCUUUAGUGCGAGAGUUCCUGAGCAAAAAGGGCUUAAAGAAGACAAGUAUCAUGAUGGACGAAGAAUUUCCCCGUACCGCGCUCAGCAUCAACAACAGGAACGAACUCCGAAGCGUUUUGCACCUCCAGUCUUUAUACAAACAAAACAAGGCCAAAGAGACGCCUUUAAAAACCAUUCUGGAAAUCAUGGUGAGCUACUUCCUGGAGCUCCAGGGUAACCAAACCUUCCUGGGAAAUUCCUCGUUUCUGGAAAAUAAAGCUUGCCCCACAAGAAGUACGGAGAGUUUACCUCCCAAGAAUUUCCUCUCUGGGGAAGCCACUCGAAGGCAGACAGCAGCUGAAAAAUCUAGAAAAGGAACUCCCAGAUCACAUGACCCAGGACACAGAAACCGUCAUACGUGCAUGCCACUUGCCAAGUAUCAUGAUGAUGUCAUCGCAGGGAUGCUGGAACGCUUCUACGAGAUCAACGAGGGAGUAAGCUGCCAAUCCAGAAGGCAUUGUCACAAGCCAAGUGAGAAGGGCAAGGCCAGGACCAUGUUGGAUGCUCAGGUCGAAGGAGAGAAGAAACUAUGCGACCUCCUGGAUGGGGUACAGAUUCCGGGAGAAUUGUCUACGGAGAGCAAAAUGACUUCGAGGGAGAAAUCGCGAGGCCAGCCUAAUCUUCCAUCUCACGGAAGGAUGGCCGCUUUCACCGACGCAUCUCAAGAGGAUUCCUUAAAAAGAAGGCACCAGAGGCGGCUAUCUGGAAUUUGCAGCCCGGCCGAACCUGGCCAGGAAGCCACUUUUAAGAGUUCUACAGUCCUUCCAGCUCACUCCUUCGAGAAAACCACAACUCCCAGACAGUGGGACGAACUCCUGUCUGCCCUCGCGGAGUGUCCACUCAACCUUCGUCAGAACGGUUCUCCCAACUCCCCCUCCACUCGGUGUGCCAAGAAAGACGAUUCAACAAUCCGAAAUGCAGCCAGUUCUGGAGAUGACCCCUUGACCAAGACGGUCCUGGAAAGGCCGGCUGAAGGAAAGAAAAAUGCGUCUGGCGAUGAAAAAAGGCGCCCAGUGGAGGUUUUCCGGAAGGAAACGGCGGCGGGAAAUCAGAGUGUUGUGAAGUCCUCGCAGAAAAAUGAUUCCUCGUUUACAGACAUCAGAAGAUCUCCCACCACCGCCUCCAGGAGAGAAAAUUUGCCCAAGGACAUUCUGGAACUAGUUGAUAUCGAGGAUGAAGAAAGCUGGGAGGAUGUUGGGGAGGGCCCUGAAUCAUUGACUCUAUAUACCUGCCAAGUGACAACCAGGCCCAUUGAUUUCAAUCUUGCAAAGGACCUAAAAACUCUGCUUUUCGGCUCUAGUCUUGGAUGCUUCAACGAAGAAUGGAAAAUCCAGAGUUUCACGUUCAGUGAAAACCCGGAGCUGAAAUAUGGGAUCGUGCAGAAAAAGGGUGGGCCGUGCGGGGUCCUGGCAGCCGUUCAAGCCCACGUCCUCCAACAUCUUAUCUUCGGUGACAGUAGCCGGAACAACGCAGUUGGGUGCCUUCGGCCGUCUGACACCGAAAGGAUCCAGUGCCUUAUUCUGGCUCUCGCCGGUAUUUUAUGGCGUGCAGGGGGCAGCGAGAAAGUGGUGUUGACUUUGGCUACAGGAACACAGCAGUUCAUGCCUGCAGGAAAAUAUAAGCCAGAUGGGAUCUUAGAAAUGCUCUUGUUGCACACUAUCACAAACUUCAAAGACCUGCUGAUCUUCCUACAACAAAAUAUCCAUCAGUUUGAGGCUGGUCCCCAUGGCUGCAUUCUUCUGACUUUGUCAGUGAUCUUGUCAAGAUCCAUCCACCGAGUCCGUGGAGAUGUGGACGUCACCACAAACACACUGAUCGGGGCGCACGGAUACUGCACGCAGGAACUGGUCAACUUGCUACUGACUGGCAAGGCCGCCUCCAACGUCUUCAACGAUGUGAUGGAGCUGGACUCAGGAAACGGAAACAUCACCAUCCUGAAAGGCAUUGCUGGCCGCAGCAACAUCGGCUUACUGUCCCUCUUUGAGCAUUAUGACGUCUGCCAGGUGGGCUGUUACCUGAAGACCCCCCGGUUUCCAAUUUGGGUGGUGUGCAGUGAGAGCCACUUCAGCGUCCUCUUCUGCUUGCGGAAGGAUUUGCUGGGGGAUUGGAGGACGGAGCGGCGGUUCGACCUCUAUUAUUACGACGGUUUAGCCAAUCAGCAAGAGGAGAUCCGCCUAACCAUCGACACCUCGCAGCUGUACGUGGGAAACCCAGAGAAUGACCUCGUUUCCCCUUUGGAGCAUUGCAUUCGCACGAAGUGGAAAGGAGCCGUGGUCAGCUGGAAUGGCACAGAACCCAUCUUGUGACCGAUUUCUCCCAGCAAAGCCAGGUUUCACCCCCGGAGAGGGAGCCCCGGGCGUUUCUCGUCCCCUGGCCCGAUUGGAUGCAAAACCCACCUUCAUCGUGACUCCUCACACCCUUCCUUGAGGCUUAUCCGAAGACGGCUCGAUUUCUCCGUGGAGCUUCCAACAUUUGGAAAUGGGAAGGUUCACCCCCGAACCAAGAAGGGGGGAAAAAAAGAGAGAAUAGUAAAUCUGUCGACAUCCCAUCAAAUUCCGUUGCUGAAUCCCUGCCACAUCCUGUGAUUAUAUUAGUUGAACAAUACCGAUGGCAGCCCCCUUUCUUGUUUUAAAAAAAAAAACCAAAACAAGUGAUGAUAACAAUCCCUGGGUCCAUUUUAAAGCUAGAAAGCCAAAAUUAAAGCAAAAAACAGAACAACAACAACAACAACAACAAAAAGAGAGCAAUUAAGCUCUGGUUCCCAAGGACAUUUCUUUUGGGUCUCCCAAAAUAGUUUGGGACCAAAAACAUCACUGCCGAUUCUUUCCUUUCCUUUUUAAAAAAAAUUUUGUUUUAAAAAAUUGAAUUGUCAUCUGUUUUUAAUUCAGUCCUUGGAACUCUCGGCUACCAGAGAACUGAACCGGUAGGGCUAUCUCUUCUUUUAAUUUCUGUAACCGAAGCUUGGGUUUUUAGACUCAAAAUCUAGUUUGCCAAGACAAUUCUGGACCUAUAGUUCUGUGUUCUAGAAAUAAAAGGCCUGCCGUCUGUUUAUUAUUUUAUCUCUGUGGAGAAACAGUGGUUUCUAUUUGAAUAUAUCAUACUGAGUUUCUCUCUGUUACAUGAGUUUGCACUAUUUAGGCAGUGUUUCUCAAGGAUGUGUGGACUUCAACUCCCAGAAUUCACCAGUUCAAAUAAUGAAGCCGACUCAUGCUGACUGGGGAAUUCUGGGAAUUGUAGUCUAGUCAUGCUGGCUGGGGAAUUCUGGGAGCUGAAGUCCACCCAUCUUAAAAAUUCCCAAAGUUUUGAGAAACACUAUCCAGGAUAAUCCAUUCCCCAUUGAAGUGAUGAAGUUGAUAAUGGAAAUUAUGCCACAAACUACCAAUUUUCCUUCGUCACCAUGCAAAUGUUGACAUAUUUCGCAGAUCAAUCAACUGAUAGCCCGAAAAAAUGCUAGGAAUUUUGGGGCCCAUGAUUGGAGACCUAAUUUGAUUUCGAGAAGGGACAAGAUAGGAAAAAACUAGAUUUUAUGCUCCUUUCUGUGCCUUAAGUUUCAGAACCACAAUAAGUAGGGUUGCCUCUGGAUUCUUUUUUUCCAAUCAGAUUUUGUCUUGAACUUCUUAUUUCAGUAAGAUUAAAAUUCUUUUUUCCCCCAUCAGCUGUCAUGAGCAUGUUAAACAGAUUGCAAGACUGUUGUGUAUAAUGUAAGUCAGUGUUUUUCAACCUUGGCAUUCGCUGACAGGGGAAUUCUGGGAGUUGAAAUCCGGACAUCUUCAAGUUGCCAAGGUUGAGAAACACGGAUGUAAGUGGUGCUUCCUGGAUCUUCCUUCCCUCCCCAUUAUUGUAGACUUAAAACGAAUGUAAGGAUUAUUAUGUGUCACGGAGUAAAUAAA